AUGUCGGCCGCAUCCAGAGGCAUCAUUGAUCGUCUCCGACUUCUCUCCAUCGGUCCAAGGAAAAUUUCACCACCAACAACGGCAAUAUCUAUAUUCACAACCCAGUUCAGAAGAUUUAGUGCCGAACCUUCAAUCGGUGAGUCCGUUAUCGACCAAGUACAAUCUCGAAUCAUCGAAGCCAGAACCAGAGUCAUGACGCCCAAUUCCAAGCGGACCGGUGUCAUUGCUGUCAAGUGUGGGAUGACCGCUCUUUGGGACAAAUGGGGUGCUAGAGUUCCCAUCAGCAUCCUUUGGUUGGACGAUAACAUUGUUUCUCAAGUCAAAACACCAGAAAACGAAGGAAUUUCUGCCCUCCAGGUUGGGUGCGGGCACAAGAAGGAGAAGCAUUUGACAAAGCCUGAAAUGGGUCAUUUUAGAGCUCAGGGUGUUCCCAUGAAGAGGAAAUUGAGGGAGUUUCCGGUGACCGAGGAUGCGCUUCUUCCCAUUGGUUCGUCCAUCGGGGUUCGCCAUUUUGUUCCGGGCCAGUAUGUCGAUGUCACCGGAAUCACUAGAGGAAAAGGUUUUCAGGGUGGGAUGAAAAGGUGGAAUUUUAAAGGAAUGCCUGCAUCCCAUGGUGCAUCAAAGUCACAUCGAAGUAUUGGUUCUACUGGUCAGAGGGAUGAUCCUGGGAAGGUAUUCAAAGGCAAAAAGAUGCCUGGGCGCAUGGGUGGUAAGCAACGAACAGUUAAAAAUGUUUGGGUUUACAAAGUAGACCCUGCAAGGAACUUGAUGUGGGUGAAAGGACAAGUUCCAGGUGCUAAGGGGAACUUUGUGUUUGUAAAAGAUGCUUUUUACAAGAAACCAGAUAUAUCAUUGCUUCCAUUCCCGACUUACUUUGCCCCAGAAGAUGAGGACGUGACAGGGUUGGAGCCUUUGUUAGCUGAUCUUGGGGAUUCAGAUCCCUUUAUGGCAGCAGAUUAA